AUGGGGUAUGAUAUAAAUGGAAAAACCAGCCAGCCAAAACCUCACAAUCAUUCUUGUAGAGGCCAACUUGCCAGUGACACGAUCACCCAACUCCAAGAUAAACACAGCUUUAUCAUAGCCCCAUAUUUUGACAACAGAAAUGGAACUCUCAUACGUGUUAUUAGUAUUGUUCAUUACAAAAAAGUCAAGGAACUUUACUGCUUGUUCUGCUGUCAAAAUAGUAACAACACUAUCAUAGUGAAGGCUAAGAUAGAUGUUCACAAAGACCGAUUUGAGUUCCCUUAUGGUACAGCAGAUUUACUUUGCUGGGAACCCAAAAACUGUUAUCCACGGUACAUGUCAAUUCAUCCAUCCCUUGAACUGGAUUUUGCACAGCUACCAGUUUUUGAAAUAAAAAACCGCAAUAUUGAAAGCUCCUCCCUGGAAUUCACAGUGUGCAUUUCUACCAUGUUUGGAGACUAUAACAAUGUCUUGCAGUUCAUACAGAGUAUAGAGAUGUAUAAAAUACUUGGGGCACAGAAAGUGAUUAUUUAUAAGAACAAGUGCAGCCGAUUAAUGGAGAAAGUCCUACAGUAUUAUGUCUCUGAAGGGACCAUUGAAAUUGUCCCGUGGCCCAUAAACUUGUACCUUAAGGUUUCAUCUUACUGGCAUUAUUCCAUGGAUGUCAAAGAUAUUGGCUACUAUGGACAAAUUACAGCCCUGAAUGAUUGCAUCUACCACAACAUGUAUAGAAGCAAGUAUGUGUUGCUUAUUGAUGCUGACGAAAUUAUUCUCCCUAUUAAGGAUGCAGACUGGAAAUCCCUAAUGCAAAGGCUUCAAGAGAAAAAUCCAGGGGCUGGUGUUUUCUUGUUUGAAAACCAUGUCUUCCGUAAUAAUGUGUUCACCUCCACUACUUCAUUCAAUUUCUCAUCUUGGAGCACUGUGCCUGGGGUAAACUUGUUUCAGCAUAUCUACAAAGAACCUAACAAAAAAGGUGUCUUCAACAACAGGAAGAUGGUUAUUGACCCAAGGAAAGUGAUUCAGACAUCUGUCCACUCUGUUCUCGCGAUGUAUGGGGAGCCUGUGGAAGUUUCCGGUGACAUUGCCAUUAAUUUCCAUUGCAGAAUACCCAAACGUACAGAUUUGGUGGAGAAAUCCCUGAUUCGAGACCCAAUCCUCUGGAGAUACAACACAUCCUUGAUUGAAAAUAUUAACCAAGUCCUGCACAAAUCCAAUCUUGUAGAAGCAAAUGCCAAACUGUAACAGGUGCUAGAAG